AGUAAUUUCAAAAUCAGCAUACCCAAUUGCAAUAGUAGAAUUUUUAAAUAUUCAAAUAAUCCAAACCAAAUACUACGGCCAACUACACUCUGGAAAUAAGUUGCGAAAUAAUCGAUAGGUAGCAGCAGAAAUAAACGAUUUCGCGCUGUUAAUAACAUUACAGCAAAUGUUAACGAGUUUUUGGGUGCCCACAGCUGCAUGUGUGUGUCAAGAAGUAGAGAGCAGCAAAAAAGAAACAACUUUAUUUUCUGAUGCGUUGUGCAAACGCCAGGUUCAGUGAGUGUGCAAAUCGCGAAGAAAAAUAAUGUCGAAACGGCGAGCAACAAGCAGCAACGAUGGCGCCAGCAACAAUGCGGAGCAAAAUGCAACCAACGCCAACAACACCAUCAUCAAUCUAGACGACAGCGACGAUGAGGACGACGAUGCGCAAUUUGUGGCCACUGUGCGUCCAAGCAUAGCAACAAUCGAUCUUUGCGUGUCACCAUCCACCUCGGCAGCAGCGGCUGCGGCUGCUGCUGCUGGUGCUGCUGCAAAAUCGGCUCCUGCAGGCGCCGCAUUGGCUGCUUGUAGUGUAACAUCUGGCGCCGACGCAGCCGCUCCCACCGCCACCUUGGAGUGCCCCAUCUGUCUGCAAACCUGCAUUCAUCCCGCACGCCUGCCGUGCGGUCACAUCUUUUGCUUCUUGUGCGUCAAGGGUGUUGCCUACAAAAAUCGUCGUUGCGCCAUGUGCCGCCGUGAGAUUCCCGCCGAAUUUCUGGAUCAUCCGCAACUGGUAAAUGGCAUCGAUGAUAUUUGUGCCACACGCGCCACCGAGGAUGGCUAUCAAUGGUAUUACGAGGGUCGCAAUGGUUGGUGGCAAUACGACGAUCGCACCAGCCAGGACAUUGAGGAGGCCUUCAAGAAGGGCGACAAAUCCUGCAGCAUACUCGUCGCUGGCUACGUGUACAUUGUGGAUCUGGAGCAGCUGGUGCAGCAGCGUCAAAACGAACCGUCGCGCUGUCGUCGCGUCAAGCGUGAUCUGGCCACCAUACCGAAAAAGGGCGUGGCUGGACUGCGCAUCGAGGGCAACCAGGUGACCAGCGACACGGUGUUCAGUCGUCCCAGCAAUCCAACGCCAACGGCCGCCGCCACGGGUGGUCCAGCCACAUUUAUAUCGACUAUUGCGGCACGCGAUGCGGCCAUUCGUAUUGCCAGCGACAUAAUUGGCUCCACGUUGGCGCAUGCGGACGAGCUGACCCGUGGCCUGGCCGCCAGCAACAUCAGUGACAGCGCCAAUGAUCUGAGCGGUGAGCAAACCUACUCCAAUCCACAAACAUCCAACACAACAGGUACAGAACCGCAGACGCAGGGUACUAGUACGGGUCUGGGUACUGUUGCUGCUGCCCGUUCGCUUGCCUCCUCGCACUCGAAUUCCAUACAGGAUCUCAUGCUCAGCGCCACAGAGGAUUUGCUGGACACCACACAACAGGUCAUUGAGACCAAUCAACAUACCAUAGAUCUCUUCGAGCAGGCCUUGAACGAUUUUCAGGCGCUCACCCUGCGCAACUUUGUCGACUCCAGUGAUGAAGAUGAGAAUGGCGAGAAUGAUGAUCAUGAUCAUGAUCAUGAUCAUGAUCAUGAUAUUAACAAUGGUGGCGCGGUGGCUGAGCAAUUUGAGGCGAGCGAAUCACAUGAUGAACACAAUGUGGGCCAUUAGGUUUCCUAUUCUAAUCCCAAUUCCCCCAACAUAACACAUGUACCGUUUAGCUUAGACUAAAAGCUAAAAGCUCGAAACGCGAACGAAGUUCCUUUAGAAAUGUCAACAUUUCAGAAUGUUAACUAGAGAAAUGCGAAGGCGCGUACCUGAGAUCGUCAAUAUAGGGCUCUAUGCGUGAGCAAAAUUAAGAAGAAUAACGAAAGAGUGUAAAAGGAGGAAAGGCCUGCAGGGUAACAACCUACACAUAGUGCAUAUACGAAAUUCCUUAUCAAUCUGAACCUGAGCAACUAUUAACUGUACAUACCAUACUUCUAAUCGAGCUAUUGUUAGGCAAGAUGUGAUUCGGAAGCCGUAAUACCAACGGGGUCUAUAAAACCAAAGCUUCUAGAAAAUCCCCAAAUGUUAAAAGAACUAGUUCCCCAAACUGGCAAAAGCAAAAAAACAUUUUCGUAGAGAAUCUUAAGUUUUCUUUAAAGACAGAUAUCAUUUAUUAUUUGGGUUUGUUGUAAAAACAUAAACUUAAAUCUGUAGGAUUUUUGUCAAAAUGCUACUCAAUCUCAUAGGGGGGAAUAUUCAAUAAGAAUUUAUCCUCUCUGAACACAGUAUAUAGUAUAUAUGUAUUUAUAUGUAUAUAAAUACUCAAAUUUAAACGAAAACAUUCUAUAAAAUCCCCCGCAACCGAGCCAAUUAAGCAACCACCAAGAAAGCGUAGUGUGAGAUGGACAAUACAUAUAUUCGAUUGGGUUUUAGAUGGGCGACUACCUGUACAGAGAUAAAUGGACAAAUUGAGAAGAUACUCUCUCAACUCAUACUCAAUUCGGUUAAUGUCUGAUCUGGGUGACUUCACAAGCUGAGACACCUUGAUGAAUCCUUCAGUUAUCAAAGUUAGAUGUUGCCCCCGUGUUUAUAUUAAUAUAAGUCGCCGUUAAGUGCGUUAAAGCAAAACAUUUCUGUGAACAGUUUAAUUAUAAUUAUAAAAUAAGUUAUUAUAAGCAUUACGUUCAGUCGCAAUUGAGUUCAUACACGAUCGUUAGCUGUAUUUGUUAUUUUUUUUUUUUCAUUUAAUGGUCCUUUUAUGCAGCUCAAUUGUGCCUGAUCGGAAUGCACUUUAUAAAUGCCUAUAUUAAUAUAUAUGUAUGUAUAUUUUGUGACUACUGUUUUAUAGAUUCGAUUUGUACCCCGCCAUUACUUCUAACUGUGAAAUGCCUAUUCGUAGCUACCCUUAUAUCAACGGUAUUCCUAAAGCUC